CACUUGCUAGUUUACACAUUUCUUGAGCGGUGCUUUAACAAGACGCGCACCAAAAUACGCACCGCCGGCUCUGUUACUCUUUGUCACCACUGGAUCUAAACUCACUCACCUACCUAACGCGCUAUCAUCAGCAGUAUAAAACAGAUAUUUUAUAGCGCCAGGCAGCUUUUAAUUCUCUCACACUCGUCUGUGGCUAAGAAAUGAAUCAUAAAGCCCUUCUCCUGUGGAUUUUCCUACAGGGUGCUGCUGCGCUCUUUUCAUCCGCUUCUGGGGAAAACGCUGUUCUUAAAGAUGAAGAUGGUGGAUUGGAUGAGUUGUCAACAGACAGCACGGUUUUUGUUGGCGCCAUCAAGUACAACAUGAGAAGGAGUUUAGAUCUGGACCAAGAAGGCUGCUACCUGCAGGUUGGAAAGAAGGAGUGUAUAGAAGAGUGUGGCUUCAACGUUACAGCAAAGACCAUUUUCAUCAUCCACGGCUGGGCGAUGAGUGGGAUGUUUGAAAGCUGGAUGCAGAAGCUGGUCUCUGCAGUGAUGCAGCGUGAAACUGAGGCCAACGUGGUUGUCGUUGAUUGGAUAUCGUUUGCUCAGCAGCUGUACCACGACGCAGUCAACCACACCAACACUGUCGGCCAAGAUAUUGCUGCCAUGCUCAACUGGCUACAGGAAGAACAGCAGCUCCCUCUGAAGAAUGUGCAUCUGAUUGGUUACAGUUUAGGCGCUCAUGUAGCCGGCUAUGCAGGAACAUAUGUGAAGGGGACCAUCGGCAGAAUCACUGGUCUAGACCCAGCAGGACCCAUGUUUGAGGGUGUUGAGGAGCAGAGGCGCCUCUCCCCAGAUGAUGCUGACUUUGUGGAUGUUCUGCACACAUAUACUCGAGAGGCUUUGGGUGUCAGCAUUGGCAUCCAGCAGCCAAUUGGGGACAUUGACAUUUACCCCAAUGGUGGUGAAGUGCAGCCCGGCUGCACACUGAGUGAUGUGCUGACAGUGGCUGGAAAUUUCAUGGACGUGAUGAAAUGUGAGCAUGAACGUUCUGUGCACCUGUUUGUGGAUUCCUUGAUGAACAAGGACCACAUGAGCUUUGCCUUCCAGUGCACCGGCCCCGAUCGCUUCAAGAAAGGCAUCUGCCUCAGCUGUCGCAAAAAUCGCUGCAACAACAUCGGUUACAACACCAGAAAGAUGCGCAAGAGGCGUAACAGCAAAAUGUAUCUGAAGACACGUGCUGACACUCCCUUUGGAGGUUACCACUAUCAGAUGAAGAUGCACGUGUUCAACAGAAAACAGGCAGACAACGCAGAUCCCACCUUCCACGUCAAGUUAUACGGAGCCCAUACCGACACAGAAAAAAUAUCUGUUGAUGUCUAUGAGGGUACCAUCGGUCUAAACUUGACCAACACCUUCUUGGUGUUUACCGAGGAGGAUAUUGGUGACUUGUUAAAGAUCACUCUGAGCUGGGAAAGUGAAUCUGACUCCUGGAACUCAGUCUGGAAGAACCUUAAGAAGACGUUCUGGGCCUGGAACACAAAGCCUCCCAAACCUGUACUGCAAGUCCGGCGGAUUCGUGUAAAAGCUGGAGAAACGCAGAAGAAGUUUACGUUUUGUGCCCAAGAGAAUGAAAAAACUGAAAUUUCACCAGGAGACUCGAUAACUUAUGUGAAAUGUCGUGAUGGCUGGGAAGUGAAACCAAGAAAACGGCUGCCCAUGUAACAAUUCAGCACUCCAUUAACCAAUGCACCAUCACCAUGGAGGACCCAACCUGGAUCAAUGAGAAGCCCUGCCUUCUCUUUAUUUGAGCACUUUUCAUUGGAGGAUCAGCACGCGGUGAGAGGGGCUUGACUGGACUCUAUACUGCACCAGAAGGGUUUCCCUUAAUUUCUGGAAACAAAGACUCUAAGUCUGUCUAGUCUGCAAAACAGCUGGAAAGUGACAUGCAGAUUGGAAGUGAUGGGCAGCCACGAAUUUGUCUAUUUGCCCGGGGAGUUACAGACCGUUCCUUUGUGUGGACUAGUGUCGUAGAUUUACAGAUCUGUGCCAGUGGACAUAAACCAGCAAUUGUAGUCGCUGUACUGUACAUUUUUAAAUAUUUUAUUUAUGAAAAAAAUGGAAGCACUGCAAGACCAAUGUUAUUUAUGAGCACAUCCCAUGAUGAAGCGCGUGUUGAAUGCAUUUUGCCUAGAUGCAGUAUUUGUGUGUUUGUGUAUGUUUUUUCUGUUUGUGUGUGUGUGUGGGUGUCUUUGUUUGUGCUUGUUGUGACCAAGAAGUGUGCCUUUUCUGCUGAGAGAUUACUGAUACACUGUAUAACUGAAGGAGAUACACGAUCUCAUUGCACACAAUCUUUCUGAAACUUUGUGCAUAGUGUUGCUGUUACUGUAUGUGGCUUAUUUUGGGGGUGUGUGUACAUAAUGUAAAUAACUUUUUGGAAAAUAAAGUCACCUGUUAUUUGUAGAAA